UCGGUCGCGCGCUGAGACAUUCUUGAUCUCAAUCAAGUCGCUCGAAACUUCGCAAUGGCUAGAACCAAGCAAACCGCUCGUAAAUCCACUGGUGGUAAGGCACCACGUAAACAGCUGGCCACAAAGGCUGCAAGGAAAUCAGCACCAGCUACCGGAGGUGUUAAGAAGCCCCAUCGUUACAGGCCCGGCACUGUCGCCCUGAGAGAAAUCCGUCGUUACCAGAAGAGCACUGAGCUUCUGAUCCGCAAACUGCCAUUCCAACGUUUGGUCCGUGAGAUCGCUCAAGAUUUCAAGACUGACCUGCGCUUCCAGAGCUCUGCAGUUAUGGCUCUCCAAGAGGCUAGCGAGGCUUACCUUGUCGGUCUCUUUGAAGAUACCAACUUGUGUGCCAUCCACGCCAAGCGUGUCACAAUCAUGCCCAAAGACAUCCAGCUUGCCAGACGUAUUCGUGGUGAGCGUUCAGUCGAUUCGGUAAAAAUCUUCUACAUCAACAUGUCUGGACGUGGUAAAGGUGGAAAGGGCUUAGGCAAAGGAGGCGCCAAGCGUCACCGCAAAGUAUUGCGUGAUAACAUCCAGGGUAUCACUAAGCCUGCCAUCCGUCGUCUUGCUCGCAGAGGUGGUGUCAAACGUAUCUCUGGUCUGAUCUAUGAAGAAACCAGAGGUGUCCUAAAGGUUUUCCUUGAAAAUGUCAUCAGGGAUGCCGUCACCUACACUGAGCAUGCCAAGAGGAAGACUGUCACUGCUAUGGAUGUGAAAAUGUCCGGACGCGGUAAAGGAGGCAAAGUUAAAGGCAAGUCCAAGUCUCGUUCAUCCCGGGCUGGACUUCAGUUUCCAGUCGGUCGUAUCCAUCGUCUGUUGAGAAAGGGGAACUAUGCUGAGCGUGUUGGUGCCGGCGCCCCUGUUUACCUCGCUGCAGUGCUCGAGUAUUUGGCUGCCGAAGUUCUCGAGUUGGCUGGCAACGCUGCCAGAGACAACAAGAAGACAAGAAUCAUUCCCCGUCACCUCCAGCUGGCCAUCAGAAACGACGAGGAGUUGAACAAACUUCUGUCUGGCGUCACCAUCGCUCAGGGUGGUGUCUUGCCCAACAUCCAAGCCGUACUUCUGCCCAAGAAGUCUCAAAAGACACCAGGUGGCAAGGACAUUCUUGAUCUCAAUCAAGUCGCUCGAAACUUCGCAAUGGCUAGAACCAAGCAAACCGCUCGUAAAUCCACUGGUGGUAAGGCACCACGUAAACAGCUGGCCACAAAGGCUGCAAGGAAAUCAGCACCAGCUACCGGAGGUGUUAAGAAGCCCCAUCGUUACAGGCCCGGCACUGUCGCCCUGAGAGAAAUCCGUCGUUACCAGAAGAGCACUGAGCUUCUGAUCCGCAAACUGCCAUUCCAACGUUUGGUCCGUGAGAUCGCUCAAGAUUUCAAGACUGACCUGCGCUUCCAGAGCUCUGCAGUUAUGGCUCUCCAAGAGGCUAGCGAGGCUUACCUUGUCGGUCUCUUUGAAGAUACCAACUUGUGUGCCAUCCACGCCAAGCGUGUCACAAUCAUGCCCAAAGACAUCCAGCUUGCCAGACGUAUUCGUGGUGAGCGUGCUUAAACAAACUCCUCCCUCUUUGCCCCAAACCAGCUAUCAACGGUCCUUUUUAGGACCAACACAUA